AUGGCCUACGACUGCUACUGCGCCAUCUGCGGCGUCGGCUUUUGUGGAAUGCUCAUCGAAACUCCCUCAGAAACAGGAACCGAGCGUCGGAGACGGUGGAUUGAGAAGAGAUCUCAGGCCCUCCAAGCGGGUCAGCCUAUCGACCAGGUCCCCCAGGACGGUGAAGAGCCCGUUCGCAGUUACGACCCCAAGAUUGUUGGCUGGGAGAACGUAGCAUGGCUUUAUAAGGCAUACUGCCUCGGAUUCAACCCUCAGGCCGCCUCGGGAAAGGGAAAGACAUUUGUCUCCGGACCGGGUUAUUAUGCAGACGCUGGAGAGAUUGCCAUCAAGUCUGGAACUGACGCUGUACCGGGUCAAGACCGGAAUGUUUAUACCUGCUAUGGCUCCGGGACCGACGACACCCCCGGACCGGUCCUCCCAUUUCAUGGGUGCUGCUUUUUUGAGAUCCUGACUCGCGUCCUCACCGGCUCUACCGAUAGCUCAGCAAUCGACAUGAGAAUACUGUACAACGUUAUGACAGAGUUGUCCAACGAAUCCUCCUCCACUUUGCGACUGAACUAUGGCGACGACAUUCGGCGGGCGCAAGGCCGGUACUGGGAGUGCAUCCCUGGCGCAGAGGCAAGCAGCCAUGACCAAGUCUACUGCGCGACUCAUCCAACUGAGACAUCUGGUUUGGCUGAUUUCCUCAAAACCAACAUGGCGACGGACGGCAAAUUCAAAAAGUCCUUCUCGCAAUUCGAUCUCAAGGGCCGCUCGCCUGCCAGCCCCUUCGGCAAGCUCCCGCUCGAACUCGUGUAUCAGAUCUGCUCAUACCUGCCCGGUGAUUCGCUCAAGGCCUUGACUCAGGCAUCACUGAGCAUUCAGGUUGUCACCCAGGACAACUGGUUCUGGAAACGAUUUAUCCAGUGGGAUAUGCCAUGGUUCUGGGAAUUUUACUCGUCGCAGAACCCCAGGGAUUUGCCGGCCGACGUCAACUACAAGCGCUUGUACCUGUGGCUCGACAAGAUGACUGCUGCUCGGUACGGCAUGGACGACCUGGCGCUCAUUGGAGUUGCGAACCGUCGACGCAUCUGGGGCGUUUGUGAAGAACUGGCCAGUCAGUACCACAGGGCUGUGGCAGCAGCCCGGUCGGCCGAAGCAAAACCGGCCACCUCUAUCCGAUAUUGUCUCGGAAUCGUGGCAGGAGAGGGAAUGAGAGCGCCUGUGCUUGGAGUAUUUCAAGGAUCGCUAUUCAACCAGAACGCGAUCAUUCAACAGGACAAAGCAAAGUUGCGGUCGCGAAGGUGCAGGAAAUAUCCGAUGCCGGAACGAAUCCAAAAAGCAUCAUUUAUAGCCGAUCACCAUUCUUUUGAAACCGCGGAGGAUGGCCUUGAUGAGGAAUUGAACUGGUCGGAUGAGAGUGAGACGGCUCUUCAGGAUAAUUCGCACUCCCCCAUUCGAAUCACGCAGGACGAGCUCUCCCUGCUUGGUUGCGUCGCUUCCGACCGUACGAUCACCAACUCUACAAUUGUCCGAGCGAUGGGAUUAUCGAGAGAUAUCAUUGACAUUGACUCAUAUGGAGGCAAUGCAAGGGUGCAAGCGGGCUGA